AUGGUUGCCAUCGAUCAGUCAUCUCGUACUCUCGUGUUUGCUAGAGGAGAUGAUGAUGAUUCUUGCGCUCGACCUACUGUGGAUGACAAUGGAGACAUAUUAAGCAUUGGCAUCACGACACACACACUACUAAAGAUUCUUUCGGCCGUCUUUCUCGGCCUGACCGUUCUCAACAGCAUCAUCCACAUUACGAGACAUCUCGCCAGAUACACCGCUCCGAUCCAGCAGCGACAAAUAAUCCGCAUAAUCUUGGUUCCUACUGUCUUUGCCAUAUGCUCUUUUCUUUCUGUAUUAUUCUAUCAGACAUCCAUAUACUUGCGUCCAGUGGCCGAAAUCUACGAGUCCAUCGCCAUUCCUGCCAUCUUCAUACUUUAUGUUCAUUAUGUCUUCCCUGGUAGCCACUCGUGGCGGGAACUUUUUCAUCGGCUCGAAGAUCCAAAUAGCAGAGAGGCGGACAUUGCAGGCGGCGACUCGACUUGGUUCAAACGCACCUGUCUCUUUGUUUUCCAGUAUGUCAAACACACGCCGAGCUUGAUCGCGUUUGCUAAUCCAGCUCCUUGUAGAUACCCGAUCGCAAAGACGGCUUCUUCGAUUGUGGAAAUCGCCACGCAAGGCGCUGGAGUGUACUGCGUCAAUUCGCUGGCUCCGCGCCAUGCACAUCUUUGGUGCGAGAUCAUCAAUAUUCUAGCAAUUGUGUUGGCUAUACCGCAUAUCAUUCGUUUCGAGCGCAGAAUGAAGGACCAUAUUGACCCAACGCACAAGCCUGGAGCCAAACUGUGGACCUUUAAAGGUUUCGUUUUCCUUCAGUUUGUGCAGCUGAUUCUCUUUGGGUUACUGAAUGACCGAUUGUCUCACCCAACUGCGUCCAUUACCUUCAACGACCUUUAUUAUGGCAUUCCUGCUACGCUGACUUGUAUUGAGGCAUGGAUAUUCACGAUUAUUUUUAUGUGGUCUUUUUCAACGAAUGAGUAUGCCCCCGACAACAUCGAUGGCCAAUGCCAUCGCAUGCCCUUUUGGCGCGCGCUUUUGGACUCUCUCAAUAUUGCAGACUUCGUUGAAGCAAUAGCCGUAUUGAUCCGCAUUUUGAUGGAAGGAAAUUGGCAACCGAUAAGAGAAGACCAGAACAAUGGCGAAAGGAAGUGA